AUCCUAUCCACAAAAAUCAGUUUUCGAUUAAAAACAAAUAAUUAUAAUUUUAAAUUAUGUCAUAUAUUAGCGAUUUAUCAAUAGCUGUAAUAUGCUCAUCAAACAUGAAUCGUAGCAUGGAAGCGCAUCAUUUCCUCAAUAAGAAGAAAUUUAAAGUGAGAUCUUUCGGUACAGGUGAUAAAGUCAAGUUACCUGGAACUGCCAUAGAUAAGCCAAACAUUUAUGAAUUUGGCAGUCCUUAUUCAGAAAUUUAUGAAGAUUUGUCGAAAAAAGAUAAAGCUUACUAUACACAAAAUGGCCUGCUUCAUAUGCUUGAUAGAAACCGAAGAUUAAAAUUAGCACCAGAACGAUUUCAAAAUUGUCAGGAACGAUUCGAAGUAGUCAUAACAUGUGAGGAACGAGUUUAUGACCAAGUUGUUGAAUAUUUAGAGACCAAAGGAAAUGUCGCAAAUAUCCCAGUACACAUUAUUAAUAUUGAUAUUACUGAUAAUCACGAUGAAGCAGUGAAAGGAGCUUUUAUUAUAAGCGAUUUAGUCACACAAUUAGCCAAAAGUUCGGACUUAGAUAAUGAGAUAGACGAUAUAAUUGCGAUGGUCGAGGAACAUACCGACAAGAACUUUCUCCAUUGCAUUAUGUUUUAUUAAUAAGU